AUGAGUGCUAAUACACUUAUACGAAACAAUAUUACGAUGUUGGCGGCCGCGCCGCCGCCGCAGCCCGACCGCCUGGCGCCGCAGCGCAGCGACGCCGUGCUGCUGCUGGCAGGGGAGUGCGCGGCGGGGGCGCUCAACGCCUCCCUGGCGCGCCUCGCGGCCGCCGCCCACUGGAACCCGCGCGACCGCUUCCUCUUCGCCUUCUCCGCGCGCGGCCCCUGCCGCCUGGACGCGCUCUUCGAGCUGGCCUGGAAGGAGUGGAAGGUGGUCGAGGUGAAAGUGGUUGCAGAACGUGGACAUUAUGAAUGA